AUGGGUGCAAGCAAAUCAAAGGAUUAAUAGGAUUAGACAGCAGAGCUAGAUUUCUCUAUCGAUAUAGAAAAUUUACAAUUCGUUAAAUAAGUAGAAGAUGCUCGAUAUGGUAAAUGCAAAAUUUUUAAGUCGGAUAAGUUUGACCAUCUUAUAGCACUGGUUAGAAAAAUUUUACAAAGAGAUUCUGAGGUAGAAUUGAAAAGUAUCUAAGAUACUGCCCAUUCUCUUAAUAAUUUAAAUCAUGAUUCGGUAGUUAAGCUCUUGAGAUUCAAGACAUCUAAGAAAAGCGAGCUAUGCUCAUCGUAUUGGAAUAUAGAUCUUUUUUAUGAGUAUAUUAGCAAUGAUUUAGAAUCUGAUAUGCAGAGAAGAAAAAAAGAAGAAGUUUUUUAUGAUGAGAGUGAACUUUGGCAUAUUAUUGUUUCAACAAUUGCUGCUUUAGCAUAUCUGCGCUCUCGUGGUUACGAACAUGGAGAUAUUAAGCCUUCUUCCAUCUUACUUAGCGAUUAAGGUAGAAUCAAACUUUUACCGAGCCCUAUUGUGAGCUCUGGUAAUUUAAAUAAUUACAUGCAGGCAUUUAUGGGAAUGAGAAAAGCGAAGUAUCUUUCUCCUGUUCUUAUGAAAUCUCUCGAGUUAUAAAGUUAAAGACCUCAACAUAAUUGCACAAAAAGUGAUAUAUUCUCACUAGGUUUAGUUAUCCUUGAAGCAGCUCUAUUGAUGGAGUAGGAUGAUAUUUACGAUUUCGUAAACUUUGAUAUAAACUAAUAGGUCCUAAACUCAAAGAUUGAAUUCGUUCAAGAGAAGUAUAGCAUUUAGCUAGCAUAAUUUAUUUAAUAAAUGUUAAUAUUCGAUGAGCUGGAAAGACCUGAUGUAGAUAUUUUGUUUGCUUAUAUUGAGGAAUUGUGCAGAUAGGGUAUUCAAAUGGCAGAUCGUAUUUUCUCUUUAGGAUUAAAAGACAGACAACCAACUUAUAACUACACUCAUGAAAACGAAGAUGAGCAAUACAUAAACUAAUAGUUUAAUGAAAUGUAAAAUAGCAACAGUAACGAUUAUGAAUCAGUCAAAAAGAAUGCAAACAAUAAUUUUUUUACUCCUGUUAAAGAAAAUGGUUACGAUGAUUAAGUAAAAGACUACUAAAGUGAUUAAAAAUAAGCUGUCAUCUAUCGUUAAGAAAUAGUUAGAAGAAGUAAGUGGACAUUAGAAGAAAAUCCUGAAAAUAAUUUAUAUCUCGGAAGUACUUCUGCAUAAAUUAACUAAAAUUAUGACCCUAAUACUAAUUUAAAUAAAUUAUAUACUUUUUCUGAUGCAGGAAAUAGUAUGAGCAAAUAAAUAACAUUUGGAUCUCAAACAAAUGGAAAUUACAAAACAACACAAACUCUUCUUGAUCAAUACACUCCUUCAGCUUCUUAUGAUCCUAUAUUUUAAACAAGCUUACAAAAGAACAACGAUUACAACAUAAAUCAGUAUAGUUCAAUAAAAGUUCCUGAUUAUAAUCCAAGUCUCGGAUCUGGAGCUGCAGGCAUAUCUUCAGUAGGAACAGUACCAAGUGCAUACGUACCUAUGCUAGUGAAGGACUAUAAUUAUACAAGUACUCCUUAUACAAAUCCUAUUACACCAAUUAACAAUGGCACAUCUCUUUAUUAAACAAGUUACAAUUAAAACAUAAAUAAUCUUGACUCCAUAAAUAAAAUUAUUUCAAAAUACUCCUAAGUCUGA